UUGAAGUGCGUGAUUCCAGUUAAGCUGUGACCUAUGGACAGGUGGAUGAAGCUAAUAGGUUUGUGGCUUGGUCUUGUGAUAGCCACAUCAGCUCAAGUACAUCAGCAGAGUGAUGCAGAGAAGGGCCAAAGCAGGGAACCCAAACUAGUCUGUUAUUACUCUAACUGGGCUGUAUACCGACCUGGGUUAGCGAAAUUCACUCCAGAGAAUAUCAACCCAUAUCUGUGUACUCACAUCAUCUAUGCAUUCGCAUCCUUAUCCGAGGAAUUCCAGAUCCAGCCUUUUGAUCCUUACAAUGACAUGGAACAAGGUAAUUACAAGAGUUUCGUGGGCCUCAAGGCAUACAAUCCCAACCUGAAGACAAUGAUUGCAGUGGGCGGAUGGAACGAAGGUUCGAAGCGUUUUUCGAAGUUAGUUGAAUUCGAAAACAACAGGCGCACGUUCGUCUCUAGCGUCAUAGAAUUCCUCAGAGAGUACGGAUUUGAUGGGGUUGACCUCGACUGGGAGUACCCUGCCUUCAGGGAGGGUGGAAAUAAUACUACUGACAAAAGAGGAUACGCCCUGCUAAUUAAGGAACUGCGACAAGCUAUCAAUGAUGAGAGACCAUUGCCUGGUAAGGAACGCUUAUUAUUAUCUGUGGCUGUUCCAGCUACAAAGGAUUAUAUAGAUUUAGGAUUCGAUGUUCCAGAAAUAUCAAGGUAUGCUGAUUUCUUGAACCUGUUAACGUAUGACUACCACUCAGCAUAUGAGCAGGAAACUCAUCAUCAUGCUCCUUUACUUCCUCCUUCAGGGCUGGAUCCUUUGGAUUACAGGAAUCAGUUAAAUGUUGCAUGGACAGUGGAGUAUUACUUAUCCCUUGGUGCGCCACGUCAUAAAUUGGUUGUUGGCGUUCCCAUGUAUGGCAGAUCCUAUACACUUUCUAGUCCUCAGAUAGCUUACGGUUAUGAAGCCCCUGCAAAAGCCCCAGGAGAGGAAGGAACUGCUACCAGAGAGAAAGGUUACCUCGCAUUUUAUGAAAUAUGCCAAAAAGUAAAAGAAGAUGACUGGGAGGUGGAAGCUCCAUAUCCUACAACUGUUGGUCCUUAUGCAUACAAAGAUGAUCAGUGGGUUGGGUUUGAUGAUGAAGAAAUGGUACUUAAUAAGGCACGUUUUAUUUUGGAUCAAGGCUUAGGAGGUGCCAUGGUAUGGACGCUUGAUAACGACGAUUUCCGUGGUCUAUGCACGGGUGAACAAAGUCCUCUUGUAAAUACUUUACGUGAUAUUUUGCUUAAUUCUAAUCUUAUAGAAGGUAGUUCUAGUCAGAGAUCAGUAGCUAGGUCUGCUGGUCCACAGCCACGAUCCGCUGUAGUCCGUUUUGAUGAUGAUGGUGUUGAGGAAGAAGUUACUGAAGCACCAAGAAGGAGAAACACGCUUAGAAAACUUGUACAGAACCGGCAGUCAGCAAGAAAUAGACUAAAUUCUGGUCGACGUGUUAACACCAAUGCUGAUGACAAUGAUGUUGUUCUUCCUCCAACCACUCCGGCUCCACCUCCAACUCCAGAUCCAGGUGUGGCUUUCGAAUGUCAAGAUGAAGGAUUUUUCAACAAUCCUCGAGACUGUAGGAAAUAUUUCUGGUGUUUAGAUAGCGGACCAGCGAACUUAGGUGUCGUGGCUCAUGCUUUUACCUGCCCAUCAGGGUUGCAUUUCAAUUCUGGAUCGGAAUCUUGUGACUAUCCUGAAAAUGUAGUAUGCCCCGUAGGAUCCACGGGAUCUAGUCCGCCUAAGCCCACUCCUAGAACUGCACGCCCACGACCUAGGACAACUCCCAUCACCACCACUACUACCACUACGACAACAACAACAACAACUGAAGCUCCGACGACAAUGAUAACUGAAAAACCUGUUGAGGAGAAUGAUGUUCCUUCACAAGCUACUCCAGAUGCAGCAGAAAAUGUUGCGGAAUUGCUCCGUCUUUUGCAAGCCAUUGGUGGAGUGGAAAAACUACAAAGCCUUCUCGGAGCACAAGAACAAGCCUCAAGCAUUAGAAGCCAAGAUACAGCGCCUCUUACACUUCCGCAGUAUGUCACUCCCAGAAGGAGAACUACAGAAGAACCGGAAGUCUAUCACAGACCUUCAACAUUACCAGAAAACAUACCACCAAAACGACAACCACAGUAUGAUCCAGAACCAAGCGCUUAUGACGUUCAAAGACCAAACAAAGAUCCCUAUAUUAAUAUUAAAGAUGAUGAACCCGAGGAAGAUGAAGAUGAAGGUGAAGAAGGUUUCCCAUUUCAAUACAAUACGCCUCCCAGAGGGGCUAAUGUUCAACCUGAGGUAGUGUACAUGAAUGAAGAUGAUGUUGCUUACAAAGCACCGGAGGUGCCACCGCCUUAUGAAGCCCCUCUCAGGCCAGCAGUGCCAGUUACGACGACGACAACAACCACAGUGGCACCUCAGAAAGGUCCGUAUCGAACUCCCAUCAGGGUUCAAGUAGGUCGAGUUGUUCGUGUACAGAAUGGUACACCAGCUAAUCCAGGAGUCAAUGCUGUCGAACCUGCUCCUGGUGGAGGUCGGCGCCGCAUGCUGGUUCGCGUCCGGCCCGCAGGUAACAACAGAGCAGCUGCUGAUGAAUCAGCUCGGCCUACUAUAGAGGAACCUGUCAGAGAAGUGACGGGUAGAGCAGUUAGCAGAGAUGAGCGUCGAUUGUCAGGUUCUACUCUCCUCGCUACAAGAGCAAACCCCAUAGCUGCUGCGGCAGCUUCACCAGGAAACGGUGAAACACGAGUCGCUGUGCUAAGGCGUCCUGUACAUAACGGUGAUCGCCUAGUUGAAGAAAAAAGGUUGGGCCAAGGAGUGAGACUUGUUGCUCGACGCCCCAACGCUUUACCCGAAGGUGAGAGGGGUAAUUAUGUUGCAGUAAGAAGAAGGCCGACUAGCCCACAACAGUCUAGUACAGUUGUGACUACGCCUGUGCCUACAACUACGGCCAUCCCUAUCACUACUAUACUACUGCCGGAAAGGCCGCUUUACAGCGCCUUCGUCAAUGCUUCCGAUGCAGCUCUUGAAGAGGAAUAUGAUGAUGAAUAUUACGAUGAGUAUGAAGAUGAAUUACCAGAAACCACACCGACCACGACUACGACGACGACUACCACCACUGCUCAAAGACCAAAUAUAAGACCUUUGAGUAACAGGAGGAGACUUACAACUGCCUCCGCACGACAAGUUAUAACUACCUCAUCUCCUAAGCCAUUAGUGACUUCAUCAGCUUCCCGAAGUUCUAGCCGAAGAGGAUCCAUUGCUUCUACCACUGCUGCACCAACAACAUCGCGCCAACCUCCCCCGCCUCCCAAAGAUGGUUCCCCUGUGGUAGUACGAUCAGAUAGUGAUGUUGAAUGCUUCAAACGCGGUGUCUUUAUACAUCCCAACGACUGUAGCAAGUUCAUAGCCUGUGCUCCAGUUUCUAGAAACUUAGGCCAAGGUUUAAAAGGGCGUGUCUUGAGCUGCCCAGCCAAUCAGAUCUACCUCGUUGACACAGGAAGAUGCAUGAAGGGAGAUCGUAAAGAGUGCCAGAAAUGAUAGUGAUAUAUAAAACUUUUUAGGAAAACCUAACUUUAUAUUGUAUGUGUUCAAAACACUAUGGACAUAUCCUGAAGUGUGCAAAGCUACUUACAUGCUAGCAGACGCAGCUUUCAACGCCUUUCCUGGUUUGUGAUUUAUUCACAAAGUAAAUUGCCAAGCUCUGUUACUGAUGAAAAAUUAUGAACUGUCACUGGUUCAAUCUUCGUAGUUAUACGUUUGUGUGGAAGAGAAAGCACGCUGCAUCUUUCAGUGCAGAGAUUUUGUGUACGUUUUUAAUUCUGUGUUUUUAGUUUAUCAUAAAAAUAGCAAAAACUUACCGUUUGUAGGAAUGUUUAGCAAACCAACUCAUUCUGAAAAUUAUUUCAUAGUGAUAUGAGCCUUAUAUUAAAUUUCAGACUGAGAAGUCAGACAGCAAUAACUUCCUUGAAUUAUUCAAUACUAUAUAAUUGGAUUCAGGUUACAUGUUUGCCAGAUGUUAUAUUAGGUAUGCUAUUCCUUUUUCCUGUAGCUGCAACGAUAUUUGAAGUUACUUAAUUCCUACAAUUCAUUUCUAAAAGAAGCAUGCAUAAAAUCCAGGACUAUUGAUUAAUAGUUAGGUAGUUGCUUUUUAAAGGAUAAUUUUUAAUGUAUAUUAGAUACAUUGAAAUGUUUGGUAGUGAUCUGCGAAAAAUGUUGAACAAAGGCUAGAAGGAUCUCAGUAACUAGGACUGAUAAUCAUGUUGCAAGACAAACAAAUUAUUUUUCUAUAACUGCAUUUAAUUUCUCAUUUUCUUCUAAUUGUGAUGAAUCUCGAAUUAGCUACACUUUUCGAAAGGCUUUCAUUAAUUAUUUGCAUUUUUGUAAUAUAACAGAGAGAUUAAAAGUACGAGUAUAAUUUCUUCAAAAAGGUUGUGUAGAUAUAUUCGAUCUUAUUACUUCAUUUCAUGAUCAUGAAAACUGUUGAAAACUUCAUUCGUAGAAAUACAGUGAUAUAAAAAUUUUCUUACAGUUUCUUUCUUUUAUUUGAGGAAAGUAUUUUAUUCAAUGUGUGAAACAGCGCUCAGACAGAUUAAACUUGUAUAUUUAAUGAAAACAUCGACAGAACAAAACUGAACUCUCACUAUGUGUCACUUCCAUCCAUUAUUUUUGUAUACUUAUCACAACUUAAAAAUAAAUGUUUUAUUUUGUUUUA